AACUAAAGAAAACGAUGGAAAUAGACUACAGAAUUUUAAACCUUUACAGAACAAAACAAUAUGACGAUUGCUUAAAGUUAUGUGUCCUAGCUCUCCAAGAAAAGAGUGAUCGCAUGAUAGAGUUAAUCCAGAUAAGGGUGAUGACAAUACAGGCUAAGAUAGCAGGAAAUGGCUAUGAGGAGGUGGAUUACUUUCCACAGCAGGAUGAACUUGCUUCUACUGCGGUUGCUAAGACUCCUAGACCAGGGACCACGUUUCAGAGGGAAGUGAGGACCGCCCAGACUAAUGGCAGGGCAACAGCGACAGCGACUCUCAGGUCUCGUGGAGUGACCAGCACGGCGCGCGCCCGCAGCGCCCGCACGGCUCUGUACACGGCGGCGCGAGUGUCUCGGGCUGCAACGGCUCUCGCGGGCGGAGCUCCCUUCGUUGCCGGCACGCCUCUCUCCCUCAGAUUCCUCACCAAAGACGACAAACAAUUUGUGCCUGCAGCGAAGACUUUGUUCGAAUAUGUGUACUAUUGUGAAGGUGACGUGAGGAAGGCUAUGGAUGUAGCAGCCCAGGCUCAGAAAAUAGAUGACACUCCCGACUGGUGGUGGAACUUUUCGAUAGCUCGAUGCUAUUACGCCCUCGGCCUGUACAGGAAGGCAGAAGACUGCUUAAGACAGGCACUCAAAAUGAAUAAACAUAUCUCAAUAUACCUCCGUUUAGUAGCUAUGUAUGUGGGGUUGAACCAACCGCUGUCGGCCUUAGAAGUGUGCAAACAAGGGUUGUCCGUUUUCCACGAGUAUACACCUCUGCUUCUGGAGCAAGCCAGGAUUUACGAUCAGAUGGGAAACUCACCGCUUGCAGUAAAAGAGUAUAGAAAAGUUGCAAUAGAAGAUCCAUCAAAUAUGGAGGCUAUUGCCAGUAUAGCCAUGCACAAUUUUUACAAUGAUCAACCAGAAAUUGCUUUGCGGUAUUACAGGAGAUUGUUGGCAACGAGUCCAGCUGGGUCAGAGAUAUACAACAACCUCGGUCUGUGCUGCCUGUACUGCAACCAGUGGGAUCUCAUAUUACCUUGCUUCAGGCAAGCUUUGUUUUAUUCUGCUAGUGCAGAAAUUCGAGCAGAUAUAUGGUUCAAUCUUGCUCACGUGGCUUUGUCCACAGGUGACAUGUCCCUGGCCCGCAGAUGUUUGCAGGUGAGUCUUGCUACUCACUCGGAGAACGAGGCAUCACGACACGCCUUAGCAGCUUUGGACGGCCGCUUGCGAGCCCGUAAAAUUAGUGACUAAAUCAUUAAACUAUA